CGUAUAUUCAGGUAUUAUUCUGAAGAAGUGACUGCUCCCAUCCCGACUGUCUUUGUCGGCGGCAAUCACGAGGCUUCCGUCUACCUCCAAGAGCUUCCCUAUGGUGGUUGGGUGGCACCAAAUAUCUGGUACAUGGGCUAUGCGGGAGUCGUUCAGUUUGCCGGCUUACGCAUCGCUGGUAUCUCCGGCAUUUAUAAACAACACGACUACCCUAUGGGACACUUCGAGCGACCGCCCUACUCGGAGGCGACUAAACGGUCUGUCUAUCAUCUUCGUUCCUUAGAGGUUUUCCGACUUGGUCAACUGGCACGUCGGGUGGACAUUGUGCUGAGUCACGACUGGCCGCGCGGCAUACAUAACUAUGGGGAUACGAUGGAGUUGUUUCAAAUUAAGCCGCACUUCCGUGAGGAGGCCAACGCCAAUGACUUAGGCUGUCCGCCUUUGGAGCAAUUACUUUGUCGUCUACGUCCACGCUAUUGGUUCUCGGCUCAUCUGCACUGCAAGUUUGCUGCCGUUGUAGCGCACUCGGUAGGUGCCGUGCAUACACCGUUUAACAAGCAGGAGCCAUUGCGGUCAGAAUCCUGUUAG